UACCUCAAGCGCGCUGCGGGGCUCGGGGAUUCGGACGCGAUUUUGGAACUCGGGACCAUGUACGAGGAUGGAGACGGCGUCAGGAAGGACAUUCGAAAGGCGAUGCAGCUCUAUCGAACGGCCGCGGAGCUGGGCGAAGCAAACGCGCAGCAGAAUGUUGCACUGCUGCUUGUUAAAGAGGGAGAGCAUAACGCGGUGGAGGCCGUGCACUUCUACAAACUCGCUGCUGCGCAAGGGCUGACGGAGGCUGAGUACAAUCUUGCCACUUGUUACGAGGAGGGAACAGGCGUGGACGUCGACUUGGAGGAAGCCAAACGCUGGUACGCGCGCGCAGCAGAGAAGGGCGAUACCGAUUCGGAGGUUGCCCUCGGCUUAUGUUACGAUGAUGUUGGACGCGGCGUCGACGUCGACUUCGAGGAAGCUAGACGCUGGUACGCUCGCGCGGCCGCGAAAGGUGACCCUCAUGCCCAAAACAACCUUGGCUUCUUGUAUCAAGAGGGGAACGGCGUGGAAGUAGAUUUCGACGAAGCCAAGCGCUUGUACGAGCUUGCAGCGGCACAAGGCGACGAUUUCGCCGAGUGCAACCUCGGCGAUCUGUACGCGGAUGGAUUGGGCGUCGACGUCGACCUCGAGGAAGCGAAGCGCUGGUACGAGCGCGCGGCCUCCCAAGGCAACGAGGAGGCC